AUGGUUUCUGAAUCAGUCUCCGUUGCGGACCCACCACCUCCUCCGCCGCCUUCCCUUCUCCCUUACUCAAGUACUUCGACUACUCCCACUACUCAACAAUUCCUGCUCCCGUCCGCCGCCGCUCCGAUUACCAACUACCACAACAAUCACAACCAGCAGCAACAGCAGGUCCUCUCUCUAGCCAAGAAGUCCCGCUCCCGCGACCGCCACAAGAAGGUUGACGGCCGAGGCACCCGGGUCCGGCUCCCGGCCCUCUGUGCCGCCCGAAUCUUCCAACUGACACGGGAGCUCGGCCACCGCACCAAUGGUCAGACGGUCGAGUGGCUCCUCCAUCACGUCCCUCAUUCUCACUUCCCCACUCCUUCCUCCGCCUCUGAUCAAAGCUCCGGUUCGAUACCUUCGGAAGCGAACGGCCUAGGUGGUGACGUCGGAGGAGGACGGGAUGCGUACGGGUCGCCGUCUUCUGCUGCUAGGGCGAAGAUAAGACCCAGGAAAAAGCGGGUUGUCCCUUCUUUGAAUCCUCCGGCGAGUUGUGAGAUUGAUUUCGGCUCUGCUCCUUCCCCUUCUCCUCUGCCCAGUGCUCUGCCGCUGUCGACUGUUCUGCCAGGAUCCAGCUCCACGAUUAUGCCGCCGGUUGCCGCUGCAGCUGCCGUAGUUCCGCAGCCGCAGCCGCCGAUGAAGAAAGAAGAGCCGUGGCCGUGUGAAUUUGAGCUGUUUCCGCCGAAUUUAUCCUUUACUUCGUUGUUGAUGCAGUGGGGAAAGGACUAG